AUGUCCUUCCUCAAUCGAAAUAACCUCUUCGGCGGAGGCCAACAACCCCAACAACCUCCACGAGAUCCCUAUGGCUCCCCGAACCGAGCGGCCCGUCCUGGCUACAGUGGAGGUGGCUCUUUUGACACUCCCAUGAACGGAGGCUAUGAUACACCUCCUACUCGACAGCCUCAAGGAUAUGGCAGUCCUGCCCUUCCUGCAAGAAGCAACCCACCGCGACCGACAGGCCACCAGAACAGUCCUAGUAAAGGAGGGGCCCGGCCAGGUGGUGGCGGUGGACAUAGCAUGAUUCUACAACCCGCGAAGAGCCCGGACAACUCAUACACGUUCCGCAAUCUUGUCGCGGUGUCGACACAGGACCUCCCUCCGUCGCGUGACGGGACCGAUAUCUUCCUCCUCAUCAACAACAUGUACGUGGUCACGGCGCGACCCCUAGAUUCGUUUCCGCGGGGAUAUAUUGGGCUCUCAGAACCGCAGCGGUCAUGGAUGGGUGUGGCCUUGACCGAUCAAAUCCAGGCCGAAGUCUAUGACCCUUUUAGUCAAAGCAGCCAGGCUUACAUUGGAGCAAUGGACAUAGAGAUUGGAUUUGCCAGUUCGAGGAAGAUCACAGACGCCCCUUACGACCAGGAUGACCUUGCCCGGGAAAUCACAAAGUUGUACAACAGCCAGAUGUUUGCGCCUGGCCAAAGAUUCUUGAUGGAUUUGAAAAGUAUUCCUUUAAACCUCCAGGUCAAAACGGUGCAGUUGGCCGACUUGAGUGAAAAGGCGGCUCCGACGACAUCUGAUCCGCGCGCGCGAGGCAUCUUGACCCCACAGACACAGAUUAAUUUCUUCAAAGACGGCAAGACGCCCAUCAAUCUCAAAGCGUCAUCGAGGAGGCCCGCGGCAAACUCGAUCAUUGCUCCCGACUUCAAAUUCGAAGAUAUGGGCAUUGGUGGGCUCGAUGCCGAGUUUGUCACCAUCUUCCGAAGAGCCUUUGCGUCUCGGGUCUUCCCUCCUGGGUUGGUGGAAAAAUUGGGCAUUCAGCACGUCAAAGGGAUUCUGCUGUAUGGUCCGCCCGGAACCGGAAAGACUCUGAUUGCCCGACAGAUUGGUAAGAUGCUCAAUGCUAGAGAGCCAAAGGUCAUCAAUGGGCCGGAAGUUCUCAACAAGUACGUCGGACAGUCAGAAGAGAACAUCCGAAAAUUGUUCGCCGACGCAGAGAAGGAGUACAAGGAGAAGGGUGACGAGUCUGGACUUCAUAUCAUCAUCUUCGACGAACUGGACGCCGUGUGCAAACAGAGAGGUAGCGGUGCCGGGGGCGGGACGGGCGUGGGAGACAGUGUGGUCAAUCAACUGCUUUCGAAGCUUGACGGUGUCGACCAGCUCAACAAUAUCCUGUUAAUUGGCAUGACGAACCGGAAGGACAUGAUUGACGAUGCUCUGCUCCGUCCUGGACGUCUCGAACUCCACAUGGAGAUUUCCCUCCCGGAUGAACAUGGGAGAGCCCAGAUUCUCAAGAUUCACACCCAAAAGAUGCGGGACAAUAAAGUGCUCGACCCAGAUGUCGACCUACUCGACCUUGCGCGCAAGACCAAGAACUUUUCUGGCGCCGAGAUCGGUGGUCUGGUCAAGUCGGCUACGUCUUUUGCAUUCAGUCGACAUAUCAAAGUUGGAACCAUGGCCGGCAUUACCGAUGACGUGGCCAACAUGAAAAUCAAACGGGCAGAUUUUGAACAUGCCCUGGAAGAAGUCAAGCCCGCCUUUGGCGUGUCAGAAGAAGAGUUGUCGUACUGCUUGAGAGGAGGGGUGAUCCACUACUCUCAGUAUAUCCGCGACGUGUUGGAAGAAGGCAAGCUGUUUGUGGAACAGGUGCGACAGCCGCAGUCGACGCCCUUGUUUUCGGUCUGUCUACACGGUCCCCCGGGGUGUGGAAAGACAGCAUUGGCGGCCAAGAUUGCCAUUGAUUCCGGCUAUCCGUUCAUCAAGCUGAUCAGCACCAAGGAUACGUUGGAGAUGAGUGAGAGCCAGAAGAUCUCGUAUCUCAGCAAGGUGUUCAUGGACGCCUACAAGAGUCCGAUGAGCGUCGUGGUCCUGGACGACAUUGAGGAAUACAUUGAAUGGACGCCGAUAGGCCCCCGGUUCAGCAACCCCAUCCUCAAGACGGUGGUGGCUCUAUUACGCAAGGCGCCUCCUCCCGGGCGAAGUCUGUUGAUUAUUGUGACGGCGACCCAGCGGAGCGUUUUGCAGCAACUGGAUUUCUGGCGGCAUUUCAACUCGGACAUACCCAUUGCGAAUGUUCGAACGUACGAAGAGCUUGAACAUGUGAUGAAAGAGUCCAAGGCGUUUGCGCCGGCGGACGUGUCCCGAGCGAUUGCCGAGAUUAAAGACAUCACGCGGAGUGAGGAGGUGGGCGUGGGCAUCAAGCAUGUCCUGCAGGCGAUUGAAACGGCCAAGCUGGACACGGAUCUGGUGUCGAGGUUUGCCGGCACUAUGUCGAGGGCGAUUGCAGAGAGAGGCAAUAGUUAUGGUUAG